ACCCAUGUUAAUAAUAUGAGAUACCAUUUUGAUUAACAAUGUUGAUACAGGAUCGUGUGAGGGACGAAGUGGAUACUGCUUUACAAGGACACGGGGAGAAAUUUACUAUGAAAUUAUUACAAGAUUUACCAUAUUUAGAGAGAUGCAUAAAAGAAGGGUUGCGUUUAUAUCCCAGUGUAAACCAUAUAUCUCGAAUUGCUGGUGAAGACGUAAAAUUACAGUCAUAUUUGGUGCCUGCUGGAACACUUCUGUAUCUUAAUAUUUACUCAGUCCAUAGAGAUCCCAAUUUUUGGCCAAAUCCGGAAGUGUUCGAUCCUGACAGAUUUUUGCAUGAGAGGAUCCGAAAUCGUCAUCCUUAUUCGUAUAUACCAUUCAGUGCUGGACCACGAAAUUGCAUCGGCCAACGAUUUGCUAUGCUGGAAAUGAAGGCGAUGAUAGCUCCUCUGAUACAUAAUUUCUACUUAGAGCCUAUUGAUUAUUUAAAAAAUGUUCGCAUAAACGUUGAUAUUCUUCUUCGACCAUCUCAUCCACUUCGUGUGAAAUUCAUUCGUAAAACGAAUGCAAGCUUUUAAAACACUGAUUUUAUGAAUAUUGUAGGUGGCAAAGGGAAAGCUCUAUAUUUGCAUACAAAACUAUUACCGAUAGCGUCAUAAUAGAAACUCUUUAUACACGUGUCAUAAUAUAUCAAAAUAAAAUAAAAAUUUUAAUAAAAUGUUUGGAAAACA